AUGCCAAAUGAAUAUCCCAUGCCCCUAUCUUACCCCAAUCCAUCUCUGGGCCAGAUGGCGAUACUGGAGGAACAAAGAGGCGGAGACAUGGGCUCGACAAGAACUAUUUCUGGACUACGGAAGCAUUCUGUUACUGGACCUCGACAGGCGGUCCUCGUAAUAUCUCUCGACACUUCCAUCGUCUCAACUUCUCUCGUUACCAUCUCGCACGAUCUCAAUGACUUUGUUAAUGCACCAUGGAUUGUCCUGGCCUACCUUUUAACUUAUAUGGGAUUCGCAGUUUGUGUCUCGAAACUCAGUGACAUUUACGGGAGGCGCAACAUGCUCGUGGUGUCAUGGGUCUUCUUUGUUGGUUUCUCACAAGGUUGUGGAUCGGCUACCAGUAUGACGGCUUUGAUUGUAUGCCGAGCCUUCCAGGGAAUGGGGGCUUCCGGCUUGUACAGCUUGACACAGAUCGGUCUGGUAGAAGUUGGACCCUCCCACCGGCCGAGCUUGAUCGGGGCCAUGAUUGGAGCCACUCUCGCAGUUGCCUUUGUGCUAGGCCCUAUUAUCGGCGGUGCUGUUUCUCAGCUUUCGGAUUGGAGAUGGUUGUUCAAUAUGAACAUCCCCUUUGGCCUUGCGACGAUCCUCGCUAUCACGAACCUAUGGCCACAUGAGGACGUAGCACACAUCUUUUCUUGGAAGGCAUUUACCAGCAUCGACUUCAUCGGCAGUGCAACACUCCUCAGCAGCUCUGGAUUCUUGGUGUUUGCCGUUCAACAGGCCGGGUCGCAGACAUUUUCUUGGGGAAGCCCAGAGAUCAUCUCGGCCCUGGCCAUCUCAGGUGUCAGCUGGAUCGUGUUUGUGUGCUGGGAGGUGUUCCUAGAGACGAAGCCACACCGUCGCAUCGAGCCCAUAUUCCCUAUACGGUUAAUGUUGCGACGAGUGUACUUUGCGGGGUUGCUCGUGACCAUGUUUACAGGCUUCCCAUACAUUUCUCUCUCGAUUGUCAUUCCCGAACGAUUUCAAAUUGUCAACCGCGAAGGAGUCCUUAUGGCAGGGCUACACAUUCUCCCUUUACUGGGUGCCUGUGCUAUAGGAUCGUUUCUAGGGGGCGCAAUAUCCAGCAAGAAGAACAACACAUCUUUUACUCUACUGGGUGCAUCAUGCCUUCAGCUGCUUGGUGUUGGGCUAAUGUCGACGAUGACUAGGCCUGACGGCUACGUCAAAGCUCAGUACGCCUUUCAAGCCAUUUUUGGACUGGGAGUUGGCCUGUCAUUCUCUGCAGCUACCAUCAUGACAAGUAUCCUUGCUGCCGAACGUAGCGAGCUUGCUUCUGCCCAAGGGGCUGUGGCGCAAGCUCGAGUACUGGGAGGCUGCAUUGGGCUGUCGAUUUGCACCGUCAUAUUCAACUCGCAUGUCAACAGAUAUCUCCAGGAGCAUCUCACCUCGACGCAGCUCGAAAACCUGCAUCGCUCACCAUUGACAAGUCUGCACCUUCCGAUGGGCCUUCAGGACCUGGUCAAACAAGUUUAUGCCGGUGCUUUUGCCGAAGAGAUCAAAAUCAUGAUGCUCGUCUGCGCUGUCAUGGUGGUGAUAUCUCUGUUCACCUUGGAACGGCGCCCUGAGCCCCUGGAGCGGUUGACAGCCUUUCCGAAGGAUGAGCUUUCUUCAAGGCGAGGGAGUGACUCAGCAACAGAAAUGACUGACAUUUCCAGCGCUGAAAGAUGUGUCUAG